UUGCUAUCACUGAAUGUAUUUUGAAAUGUGUCAGUGGCAUAUUGAUCGCAUAAAAAUGCUAUCAAGUUGAACUAACAUUAGCACCACGUUUAAGGAGCAAGCGUCUUGAAUUUUUCUUGUUGAUUUUAAAUAUUCGUGAAAUUCUACUCAACAACUAAUGUAGCCUUCGCCGUUUAUUUUCCACUAUCACUGUUAUGAGCAGUAGCUUUCCAACAUAUCUGUGGACCGACGACAUUUUACAGCUUUAAUACAUAUAUUUGAAAUGGAAUACGCAUACAAUAUGUACAUUUUAGUACUUAUUGCUUAAAAAAUAUAUCAAAACCACAAGGACUAAAAACAUGUAUUCUGAUUCAAAUAACAAAGUGCUGAAUUUUAUCUUGGAAAAAGGUGAUGUUACAGGUAUAUUGCAUUGGCGAUUUCACAUAAUGAACAACAAGAAAUCAAACUCCAUCGUUUGUAUGCUUCUUCUCCUUGGUGUCUGUUUAUAUUUCAGAUUCAUCUACCUAAAUUUGUCAACCAACCGAUACGAUAAGUCUGCUGCCAGAGUGUCUUUUAAUAAGACAAAAUACACUUCAUUAACCCCAAAACAAAAUAGUUGCAAAGAAACAUUCAACAGAACGCUGGAAGAUAACCUAAAUGUAAUACAGAACUACCCAGUAGGCAACGCAUCGAAGUAUUUAAUGCGGCUUGGCAUAUACAGAGUAAUACCAAACCAACUUAGAAAAUUUCCUGUUUUCGUCACGGCGUUUGACAGCUCACACUAUAAUGAAUCUCAGGGCUUUUUUAAGUGCCUGCAUGAAAACUUUUUGUACAAUCCAAAGUACAAAGGAGACGUACUUAUAGUAGUUUACGAUAUGGGAUUGACGGAAUUGCAAAGGAAAACGGUACAGAAAUACUGCAAAUGUGAGAUGCGAACACUUCAAUUUGAACGAUAUCCAACUCAUGUCAGAACACUUUCAACGUACGCCUUCAAGCCUAUCAUAAUACAGGAAUCACUGAUGGACUUUGGAUUUGUGUGGUGGAUUGACACUUCUAUACGUUUCAUGACUACAGAUAUUGAUUCACAAAUAGAGUAUGCUAAGACACACAGUUUCUUUUACGUAGUAUCACGGAACUUCCUGGCUAAAACGGGUUUAACAAAAAAUACUCUAAAUGCCACAUUUGAUUUUCUUCAUGAGGAUCAUUGCAAAUUCAGACCAUUCCAUGAAAUCUGGGGUGGUGUAAUUUUAUUUCACUUUGAUCGAAUUUCACGUGCUAUUGCACAGGCAUGGGUAACAUGUGCAUUAAACGAAUUAUGCAUUGCACCUAAAGGUAGUGAAAACAAACGUGCAUGCGAUGAGAAACAAAACUAUGACGGAAGAUGUCAUAGAUUUGAUCAAUCGGCUAUAAGUAUUAUAACACGCAGACUGUUUCAUAAUAGCGAUUAUCCAAUUGAUAUAAACUUAACGCUUAUUUUGAAAACUAAGCGCGAUGAGAAUGUACAAUAUUUCAUUUAAAUAAAUACAAACAGAGAUUCAUCACAUUGCAUCAUGUCAACAAAAAUAAUAUCAUCGUCUUUAAUAAAUCGUUGUAUAUUUAUUCUAUACAGUAAUUAGCAAAAAAAAAAAAACAAUUGAACAUCAGAAUUAUCACACGAUCAAGCACAGUGUCAGUAUAUGUCUUUGUUGCUUUGUCAAUACGCCGUUAUACUAUAAGUAAAUACGUACCGAAUAAAUGCCUAAACGGCCACAGAGAAAAAGUUGACCUAUGUUUACAUGUAUGAAGUAUGUGGCUGGUUAAACUUCAGAGUUGAGAAAGUAUGUGUAGUAAGUCGGUGAUGUUAAAAGAUACGGAAAUACUGCUGAAAAACCGGCAUUAUGCAUAGGUAUUCCAUUGAGCAGUAUUUGUUGACUACUGAAAUCUGAGUUAUUCGUUAUAAUAAAUGGGUUUCGUUGAGCAAGAUAUUAUAUAUUAUGUUGUUUACAAAUAAAUAGAUACAGAAAAAAGAAGCUGAAUAUAGGGACGAUCGUAGGGAAUUGCGCGACAAGGGAGUCGGCGCAUACAUACUAGAUGAAGUGAAAGAACGCUUACUUGAGCUUCAAGAAAUUCAAGAAUAUUGCAGAAGAAGCCAAAGGGCAGACGCAAAUAGAACUCACAGUCAAAGAGCAAGAUAUCGAACUUACGUAAAGAUCUUAUGCCGAAGCAUUCUUAUUUUUUAAGUGAGUUAAGACAACAUGGAUGCUUAUCUUGAAUUGUUCGCAAAAUCGUUACGUAGCCAACAAUGGAAAGACGACAAUUGAGUUUUCUGUUAAAUGGAAAUGAUCUUGAAGUAUUUUCCUUCAUGUCCCAUGAACAUUCUUCAGACUAGUAGGCUUAACCGUUAUCAUAACCGUUCUUGAAAGAUGCCAGCUAAUGGAAGAAUAUUUUUGGGCUUGUACUUCAGAUUUAGGGUAGACGGUAUUUUAAUUUAUGUCUCGACUUGACGCAUACUUUAAUAGAUGCCAUAAAUUCUUACGCCGAGUUGAAAAACUUAGUAAAAUGAAUGCAGUACUCUAGAGAUCAAAACCCUUAUUCUAUUCUUGGCAUUACAAAGAGACACGUUAAAUAUGAAUUAUCAAAAAUAGACAUUCUGUCUAUGAAGGCAAGAAGAAGAAAAUAUUGUUAGCAUGAUGUAGUUCACUAGUAAAAUUAGGCACCAUGGUUGUCAAGUAAAAUCUGCACAGAUAACAAUUGAAUUAGCUUAGAUCAUUUGCUUUCUAAUUUAUGAAUGAUUUGCUAUAAAGCAACAUAUUAUGCAUAACAGAUAACCAACAAGAGAGCAAAUAUGCUAUAUAAGGUAACAUAAAAGUGAAAACAUCGUAAGUAACAUCUUAAUCAAGAAAUGCAGAAUUUGAUUCUUGUAACACUACUGCCUCAUAAUUUAUGCUUCUUAUUCUUCAGACAUUUCAUCUAAUUUUAUGUUCGAAUUUAAGUAAUCCAUAAAAUUUCACUGUUACACUGUUUAAGCUAGCGCUAGGGGUAUGAGGGCAGUUUCACAUUUCACUACAUUUAACGAACAGACAUAAUUAAAUCCAGUCAGCUAUUAUUUUGCCUGUUUGUUUUGCUUCAAAAGGAUGAGCUUCAAAACAAUUUGCUAUUCCUUAAAUACCCUUUAAGUGUCAUAUGAUGGUUGUAAAAAGUAUCCUCGUUCUCACUUUCAGUGUUUUUUUUAUAUUCUGGUCCUUUUGGACCAUACUUACUAAAAUAGAAUUCCUCUUAAGCCAGUGUUAGGGGGCGUAAUGUGCUUUUCACACUUCAUUACCUCUCAUAAACAGCCAUGAUCCAACUAAGUUUGCUUUUUAUUUGCUUGUUUGCGAUCUUUGCUUCAAAAGUAUCUUCUUAAAGUCUAUUGCAAAAUGUUUUCAGCCACUCAUUAGUGUUGUUCACACAGCCCUCAGUAUCUUUCUGUCAGUUUUAAAUAGCAUUAUAUGAUUGUUUUCCUAACAAUUUGGUUUUCAUAGACUUAAUAUCAUUCACAUUCUUGACUGCUUUUUCCAAUUUUAUAAGUUUAAAUCUAAAGAUUACUUGAAGUAACUGAAAUUUCAUUGAAGUUUUUUUAGUUUUUGUUCAGUGCAGCCUUUUUGUGUCGGUUCGCCGUAAAAUCUAACUCACUCUCAACAGUAAAUAUUUCAUCAAUAAGCCCAUGAAUAUCUCAAUACAAUUCAUGUGGUUCUGAAACAAAAUGCUUUAUUUCUCACGUAAAUUACUAAAUUGAUGCACUUCACAAUAACACAAAACGAGAUAAAUAUUCUAUUAAAACGAUUUUCAUGAAAGGAAGCCCCAAAUUGUAACCCUAUUAUCAGUGUAUAAAUGUUAGCAGGGAUGUAUACAUGAUUAAUGUGUACAGAAUAUAUACAUAAAAAAUAUAUAAUCCAUGUAAAAUGUAAGUAUUGACAACAAUAUUGAAACCAUCAGAUAUUAGUAUAAUUAAAUGAUAGAUGCAUUAAUUUAAAAUGAAAAAAGGAACAUUGAAUGUGUAAUGAAUGUAUCAGAUAAUUUCUUUGUUGACAAAAGUGAAGAAAGAAUCUCAGAAUUAAUACUUUAAAGUUUUAACAAAUCCAUGAUAUCAUUAUAUUGAAAUCAGUGGUUAAGAUUUCUUCAUAUAUAUUUCUAAAUACAGCAAAGUACAGUUGUAACUUACUUUAACCGUUAUGGAAAACAUCUCAUUGCUUGGAAAGUAUGGAGCUGUACUGUAUUGUAGAAGUUUUAAAAACUUGAUAACUACAUAUUCCUCUACCAUUUUCUGAGAAAAUAACGAUAGAAUAUAACAAAUUUGAUGGAAUGGUAACAUAACACGUGUUAAGUAUGUUACAAACAGAUUCCUCCUUCAAUCAAGUAUUUACAUUAUAUUUUCAUGUGUUUCAGCUCAAAUAACACAAGUUUACUGAUCACAGUUUAGUUCAUCAUGUUGUUCAGUUUUAGUUAUAUUUUAUUUUCAGAGAUGUCUGUUUCAGCAUAGAUUAAUUUAAGCAAAUUUGCUAAAGUACCUAACGUAGAAAAAUCAUUUGCCUUCACAGUAAAAAAAUACUAUUCUAGAAAACACUUAGAGACAUUAAGACCAGAUCAAAGCUUUCUGAUCUAUAUUUUCUAAAUAAUUGAUGCAACAAAACAAGGUUAUUGAAAUGGUAACGUAGCAUAUGUAAAGUAUGUUACAUACUGAUUACUCCAAACAGGUGUUCAAACUUCAUUUCCAAACAAUAUAGCUCACAUAAUUAUUAUUUAAUUGAUAAUAUUUUAUUAUAUCAUUUUAUUAAAUUUUUGUGGUAUCAUGUUUCCUGAGAUGUUGGUUGUGGCUAUGGUUAAUAUUAUGCAAAUUAGUUAAACAUACCUUUUUUGAAGUAAAAGAGUUACAAAAUACUAUUUAAGAAAACUCUGAGAGACUUUCAGAUCAGAUCAAAACUGUUUUCUAAUAAAGUUUUGUCAUUUUGUAGCAUUCUCAUUAAUAUUCAUGAAUAUGCAAAUUAGAUAAUUAACAUACAGCUGCUGCUCUUUAGAUGCCAAUGUCUUAGCUCCAUUGUGACACAAUUUUUAUUGUUUUAUCAUCAGAACUGACCAAGAUAUGACUGAUUAUCCUCUAUAUUGUCGUUUUUUCCAAAAAUGAACGGUUGCCAUGGAAACAGUGAAAUCUUAUACAGUUGAAAGGAGUUUUUCAUGAGAACAUUUUUUAUGCCGAAAGGGCUGGUCC